GAGUUGGCUCUGCCUGCCUCCUCUCUUUUUUUCUGGAGUAGUUUGUGUGUGUGUGUAUAUAUAUUAUACACACAGUUUCAUGGCCUGAGAUAGCGGCUUUUUCUCUCUGAAGUCUUAAUAUCUGAGUAGAAAAUGGGAAGAGCUGCACAUUCAUCAUCUUCUUCAAUAGAUAGCAGCAGCCAUCCUGAUCUUCUUCUUCCUGUGCCUGCUGGCUCAUCAUCUUCUUCCUCUCUUUCUCAGAAAAUCAAUGGCAAUUAUGGUAACAGUCAUAUCAACACAAGAACAGAUUUGAGCACUGAUCUAAGACUUGGCCUCAGCAUCUCCCCCUCUAGUCACAGUGACUUGUCUUCCACUUCAACCCCAGGGGAGGAAGCACUGAUAAACUGGCCACCAAUCAAAUCUAUCUUGAGGAGCAGACUUGCAGGAAAAGCAGACCAUCCCUCCUUAUUUGUGAAGGUCUACAUGGAAGGCAUUCCAAUUGGUAGAAAACUGAAUCUGUUUGCACAUGAUGGCUAUGCUGCUUUGAUUACAACUCUUAGCCUCAUGUUCAAGGCCACCAUUCUAUCAGGUCCUGAGGAAAAUCAUGUUCAUUCAGACAAAUAUCAUGUGCUGACUUAUGAAGAUCAAGAAGGAGAUUGGAUGCUGGUUGGAGAUGUGCCUUGGGAGAUAUUCUUGACAACUGUGAAAAGAUUGAAGAUCACCAGAGCAGACAGAUGUUAGUUAAUUUUUUUUGGUCAUCUCGGACUCAGUUAGCAGAUAUACUCUGCCCUGAUACAGUUUUGUCCUAGUGGUGGUUCAUAACUACAUACUCAAAAGAAAUUCAGAUUAAUACAUAGUUUGGGGCUGCAUCCAAUAUUGUGUACAUUAUCAAAUAUAAUAACAGUUGUAUUUGUAGACUUUUUU